UCGACUCAACCCGGAACUUUAAAUGAUCAAUUACUUUUUGAAAUUCUGUAAGAAAUUUCUCCGCCUAGGGGAGCCUUCUCCAAGAUUGUUCAUAUUCAAAAUAGAAUUAUCUCGGAUUAUUGUCGUCCUUUCUAGGGAGAGAUUGCAAAUGCUUCCAUUUCCGAACUCGGGGCUUUCGCGAGGACACUGACUUCUCUUUUCAAAAAGAGUCUUAGGACGACACCCAUACACACACUUCAAGAUGCCGCAACAGAAAGAUAUUGUGAAGAUUGCCAUCCAGAUGCCAGGGGCAUACCCUCAGCUCAUUCAACUGGACCAGAAAAAGCCCCUUUCUGCCGUAAUAAAGGAGGUUUGUGAUGGGUGGAAUCUUCCAGGCCCUGAUAACUACGCCCUCCAGUAUGCUGACGGUGUUCAGACCUACAUCACUGAAUCUAACCGUCUGGACAUAAAGAAUGGCUGCAUUCUCCGUCUGACCAAGGCACCGGGCUGUUGUGCCGAGGACCUCUACAAGGGCAUCCAGAGCUCAGACUCAGACAUGCGCUGUGAUUCGCUGAAACAGCUGGCCUGCGUGUCUACUGAUGUAACGUUUGCUCAGGAGUUUAUCAGCCGUGAUGGCCACUCUCUGCUGGUGAAGAUCGUAGAGGAGGCUCAAGAGGCCCCUCUGAUCAUGACCUACACACUGACAGGCUUCAUGGAGCUGAUGGAUCAUGGGAUUGUAUCAUGGGAGAACCUCUCUGCUGUCUUCAUCAAGAAGAUUGCCAGCUUCGUCAAUGCCAUGGUGCUGGAUGUGUCUAUCCAGCAGGUGUCCCUGGCCAUCCUGGAGAGCAUGGUGCUGAGCAGCAGCAGCCUCUUCCAGCAGGUCAAGCAGGAAGUCACUUUAGAGAGACUGCUCUCACAUCUACAGGUGACAAACCAGCAGAUUCAAACCAAAGCCAUGGCCCUCCUCAUGGCUCUGCUACAGACAGCUGGAGAUGCAGACAGACAGGAGUUGUUUGUCUUCCUAGGGAAAAAGAAUCUUCGACAGUACAUCUAUAAGAACAUCAUCCAUAGUUCUGCCUCCGUGGGGGAUGAGAUGGCCCACUACCUGUACGUCCUCCAGUCUGUCACUCUGAACCACCUGGAGCCUCGCAUGAGAAUGCCCCUGGACUCCUACAACCAGGACCAGAGGGAGAUUAUACACGGCCUGCGGCAGGCUGCCUUUGAGAUGGAGAGUGAGAACAGCUUGAGUCAUGAGCGACGACGCUCUCUCUGUGCCAAGGAGUUCCAGAAGCUGGGCUUCUCUAACAACAGUAACCCAGGUCAGGACCUGCUCCGGGCACCUCCUGGCCUGCUGGCCCUGGACACCAUGGCCCACUUCGCCUCCCGCUACCCCGAUGCCUACAGCAGGUUUGUUCUGGAGAACAGCAGUAGGGAGGAUAAGCACGAAUGUCCAUUCGCCCGCAGCAGCAUCCAGCUGACUCUCAUCCUGUGUGAGAUCCUACGCAUCGGAGAGCCCCCCUCAGAGACAGGUUCAGACUACCACCCCAUCUUCUUCUCUCAGGACCAGCUGCUGGACGAGCUCUUCUGCAUCUGCAUCCAGCUGCUCAAUAAGACCUGGAAGGAGAUGAGAGCCACGCAGGAGGACUUUCACAAGGUAAUGCAGGUUGUGCGUGAGCAGAUCACCAGGACGCUGUCCAGUAAGCCCACGUCUCUGGAGCUGUUUAAGAAUAAGGUGAAUGCCCUGAACUACAGUGAGAUCCUCAAACUACGCCAGACGGAGCGGUUGCACCAAGAAGAGACCCUCGCUCCGCCUGUAUUAGAGCUGAAGGAGCGACUGAAGCCAGACCUGUUGGAGCUGAUUCGCCAGCAGAGACUGAACCGCCUGUGUCAGGGAACCCUCUUCCGCAAGAUCAGCAGCCGACGCAGACAGGAUAAGUUGUGGCACUGUCGCUUGUCGCCCAAUCACAAAGUCCUGCACUUUGGCGAUGUGGAGGACACAGAAACACCCACCAUCGAGAGUCUCCAGGAGAAGAUUCCUGUGGCAGAUAUCAAAGCACUGCUGACAGGGAAAGACUGCCCUCACAUGAAGGAGUACAAGGGCAAACAGACCAAGGAAGUGUUGGACCUGGCAUUCAGCAUCACAUAUGACGUGGAGGAGUACAGCCUCAACUUUAUUGCCUCAUCCAGAACAGACUUCUGCCUGUGGACGGAUGGAUUGAGCGUGCUCCUGGGACGGGACAUGAGCAGUGAGUGCAUGAGGAGCGAGCUGGAGAUCCUGCUCUCUAUGGAGAUCAAGCUCCGCCUCCUGGAUCUGGAGAACGUGCCCAUCCCAGACACUGCCCCGCCGGUGCCCAAACCCCCCAGCAACUUCAACUUCUGCUACGACUUUAGCCAGGCUGAGCAGUAGGCCUGGGGCCAGGGCAUGGAAGGGCAGAGGAGUAGACCUCGGGCCUGUUUAUGAUGUAACGUUACAGAAUGCUCAGAUAGAAAUGUAUGAAUUAGAACAGAUAUAAUAGUCUGUGGAAUAGGCAAUUGUGUCAGCUCUAUUCAUUCUAUUUCUAUUUGCAAUGUUCAGAAUGUUUCAUGUCAUUAAUUGCACCCUAGUAACGACCAAGCCUGUAGACAUCUACACAGCAGGAGGAGUGGACAUGGAGGACUGUAUGGACAAAGUUGAUCUAAUGCAUAGGCAAAGGUUUCAUCUUAUAUGAGCGGAAUCAAGGCUGAAGACAAUUCCUUGGGUUCUAUUGGAGUGGUCACACAAGUGUAUUGUAACUGUACAGUGAGAGUAUGUUUUCUGUUGUUGGAUACUUGAGGCUUUAGCUUUACUUCAGUUCAUCUCCCGUCCUGACAUCUGACUACACCUCUCCAUGGCUCCUGUCCUCCACGCUCCUCUGUGGAUUGUCUUUAGGCGGAGAGUUUGUUUCAUUGUUGUCAUAUCUAUGUUUGUUUUUCUACUUUUCUCGGGUGUGAUUUCCAUAAACUGAAAGCUUUGUGAGGCAGGAUGCAUGGCAGCUCUUCUGAAGGUACUCAACCCAAGGACUGAGGCAGAACAGAGCCAUAUACAUAUAUUUGUGUAUAUACUGUCUCUGAGACAGAAUCCCUUGGAUUUCUGACAUUGUACUUAACUUGACCUACUCAAACAGAAUCCCUACUCCCUGUUCUAAAGUGGUACUUUAAUGAGUUGAAGAACAGAUACUCAGCUCCAAGCCUAUUCAAAUCCCUAUUUAUAAUAUAUUAAAUCCUAUUUUUAACUGUG